AUGGCUUUGCUAUUGGAGUUCUUUGUACUUUCUCUAAUGGGAGUGACUUUAACUUUGAACAUGUACUCUGUGAGCUUGACUAUCACUUCUCCAACACUUAUAGCUUCUAUGCUCAACACUAUUGCUGCACUUACCUUUGUAUUGGCAGUAAUCCUCAGGUUGGAAAUUGUUAAUGUUGGAGACCCUAGAGGAAUAGCAAAAAUCAUAGGAACACUUGUUUCUUUGGCUGGAGUUAUGAUUAUGACAUUGUACAAAGGAGCAAUUUUGAAGAAUUUAUGGCAUCCUAUUAUAUAUAUUCAUCAAGGAAACAAUGUUGUCAAGGAAGAUUGGGUCAAGGGCUCAAUUUUGACUUUUGCUAGUUGCAUUACAAGGGCCAUAUGGUACAUCAUGCAGGCUUACACACAGAAAAGAUAUCCAGCACAAUUGUCACUGACAACAUGGGUGAGUUUUGUUGGAGCAGCACAAUCAGCUUUCUACACAGUCAUAGUACAACAUAAAAGAGCUGCUUGGACUAUUGGUUUCAACAUUGAUUUUUGGUCUACAAUAUAUGGGGGUAUAGUUAUUUCUGGUUUGGUGUGCUAUAUUCAAUUGUGGUGCACAGAGCAAAAGGGACCUGUUUUUGUGACUAUGUUCAAUCCACUAUCAACUAUACUAGUGGCACUUCUAGCAUACUUUGUGUUUGGGGAAAAGCUAUAUAUGGGCAGCAUCAUAGGAGCAAUAAUUGUCAUUGUUGGCCUUUACUUGCUCUUGUGGGGAAAAGAAGAUCCAAAAUCAGAGAGAAAAGAUGAAGAAAAAUGCUGCACAACAAAAAAAGAAUUACAUCAUGAAGACAAUAUGAUGCAGAAAUUCACAUCAGAUGCUAAUCCCAAUGAUACUAAAAAACCAAAACAAUAAAAAUAAA